AUGGAAGCUUUACGUGCAUGCCGAUGGCGCCGCAUAGCUGCCAAGCAAGGAAAACUUCCGGCGGUGGCCAUUGCUGCCAUUUUUCUGGGAGCUGUUCGGCCGACUUUCGUGCUGAACAGGCCUUUCUCUCGACGGUCGGUCCUGGGCGUUGUUGGAGCGGGCGUUGCGAUCACAGAGGAGCCGGUGCUCGCCGAUCUGUCUCCAGACAGUCUAGACAGUGUCUUGCUGUUCUCGAACGCGGUUGCAGCAUCAAAGGCGCAAAAGUUCAGGAACUUCGGCCUGAAGCCCAACAUCGGUCUGCAAGUGAGGAAGUUGGACAGGAAGGGCAGAAAAUCCGACGGCCCUGUCCUUCGCUCGUGUCAAGAGCAGGUGAUUCCGAGAUGUUUUUCUACCACGGAGGAUUUUUUCAGAGAGAAGAAGAUCCAGACAAAGUUGGAACCCUGGAAGAUUCCAGCUGGGAUGUCGCCUGAAGAGGCAACUAAGCAGCUCACCGAGUUGAUCGAGUCGUAUCCAGCUGGCCACGAUGGAGUUGAUGCUGGUGGAUUCCGACUUCUGCAAACUCUUCCGACUUACUUGUAUGGGCAAUUCGCGAGCUUUAUUGGAUUGAUAUCUGACGUUGAAUUUGCUGUGAUGGAGAACGGCGAUGUCCAAGUACGCUCCGCCUUGCGUUCCAUGGCGCCAGACGCGUUCGGCAACGUACAAACUCCACCAGACAGCCUGCUGAAUGCCAAGCGGCUGAACUGGCUCUCAGAGCGAUUGCGGAAGAUGGGCUGGGCCGCGCCAGAAAUCACAGAGCAGACGCACCCCGAGUAUUUCGCCGAGAACAUCAAGGCUGGCCUCAAGACGGUUGGAUUGGAGUUCAUGCCCGAGCGGGAGGAGGAUGGCAAGCCAGAGUAUUGGUGA